CUCCAUCGUCCUCUCCCAGGUCCGCCAGUCCGUCCUCGUCAUCUCCACCGACCCCGCCCACAACCUCAGCGACGCCUUCCAGCAGCGCUUCACCAAGAUCCCCACCCUCGUCAACGGCUUCACCAACCUCUACGCCAUGGAUAAUUGGAGAAAUUUUCUUUCCUUAUUGACACGAGGGUGGCUCUUGAAGGUGUAUAUCCUGAGUGCCUUGUUUACUAUUUUAAGGAGGGCUGAAAGUUAAGGGAGAAAACCGCACAUUAAAAGCAAUCAGUGUAAGACAUCAUAUUUCAAAGACAGACUUUCUAUAGUUCUUACUGUUGUUAAAUGGUCGAUUUUUGGGAUUAUACCGUGUUCUGCAUUUGGUUUACGCUGUCUUUAUACAUGUGGGAACACUAGAACACAAACAUACUCUACAUAAAAAUACAAAAAGAAUUGACUACGGUGUUGUUGGAUGCUUCUGGGGCGUGGUGCUUUUGCUUUUUCGGGAUGUCUGAUCUGCAUUGAGAGAUCUUAUUGAGACCGAUUUCAAGAUGGGCUUGCGUGUUGACAUGAAGAUUCUUGUUAUUGGACAUUUGCACAUGGAUCUGAAUGCAUAUCCUAUGCAUGAAAGAAAGUGAAGUGGAUCCUAAGGUAGAAAACGAUGAAUUACCUAAUGACGAAGGGAUCGACAGCUUCCUUUCCGAACUAACAAAUGCAAUUCCUGGAGUUGAUGAGGCUAUGAGUUUUGCUGAAAUGCUGAAAUUAGUUCAAACAAUGGAUUAUUCGGUCAUAGUGUUUGAUACUGCUCCAACUGGCCACACGUUACGCUUGUUGCAAUUUCCAUCAACCUUGGAGAAAGGUCUGGAAAAAAUGAUGAGCUUGAAAAAUAAAUUUGGUGGCUUGUUGACCCAGGCUACUCGUCUUUUUGGUCUUGGUGAUGAAUUCAGUGAGGAUGCAAUGCUGGGGAAACUUGAGGGCAUGAAGGAUGUGAUUGAACAAGUGAACAGACAAUUUAAAGAUCCGGACUUGACGACCUUUGUGUGCGUAUGCAUUCCAGAGUUCCUUUCGCUCUAUGAAACCGAGAGAUUAGUGCAAGAGCUAGCAAAAUUUGAGAUCGAUGCCCACAAUAUCAUCAUCAAUCAAGUACUUUUUGAUGAGGAAGCCGUUGAUUCGAAACUGCUGAAAGCACGGAUAAAAAUGCAGCAGAAAUAUAUCGAUCAGUUCUAUAUGUUGUAUGAUGACUUCCACAUUACCAAGCUGCCUUUACUUCCUGAAGAAGUUUGUGGAGUUCAAGCUCUGAAAACUUUUUCCCAGCACUUCCUUACACCAUACAAGCCUGCACUAACAAGGGGCACUGUAAAGGAAUUGGAACAUAGGAUAUCGAUCUUAAAGUCGCAGCUCAAUGAAGCUGAGUCAGAACUGGAAAGGCUGAAGAAAGGCAAGCAGAAGGCCUGAUCCCUCUUUUCAUGUAACCCUCUUUUCUUCCUUCGUUCUCCUCUACAAUAAGAAUAGAAAAUCUCAACGACAUUUCAUCUGAUUCUCAUGCAUGGCUCGCCCCAUUUUCACUUCUUUUUUACUUCCGUAUCCUAAUUUUCUUUUUUUUUUUGGUUUGUAUUUGUUAAUUAGAUUAUUCUGUUGAAGUCAUUUUUCUUAAGAUAAAUAUUAGAUGAAUCAGAUUAAAAGAAGCUGAUUUUUCGUUCUGCUGUUA